GGAGACCAAGACCAAGCAUCAUCACAAGGUUCGGAAGAUCGAUCCCGAGGAGAUCAAGCUGGGAAGCUUUUUCAAGUUUGCCACCGCCAAGGAACGCCGCAUGCUGUGGUGCGGGUGCCUCGGGGCGCUGCUGCAGGGCCUGUGCCAGGCGUCCCCCAUGAUUAUCGGGUUCGCCACGAUGACCGAGCUGUGGAGGGUGCAGGUCCCGGUGAUUCAGCCGCCCGAGCCCCUCAGUGUCGCGAUGGAGGCCUGGAAGACCGCGGAGGCGGACGACAUCGGCGCGCGGCUGUGGUCGAAGCUGUUUUGGUUCCUCGUGUUCGCCCUCGGCGCGACCGUGUUCGGCUUCGUCGCGUCCCUGAACCUGCGGCUGGCGAACGAGAGUCUCAGCUACCAGUGGCGCAGCGCCUACUUCAGCAGCGUCUUGCUGCUCGACAUGGGCUGGUUCGACAAGGAAAAUGCGCUGCUGGUCCCCACCCGACUAAACGAGGACAUCGGGAACCUCACCGAGGUGGUCGGCAUGAAGCUGCAAAUGGCGGUGGCUUCCAUCUUAUCAACUGCAAAAAUGUCUGGGUCUGGAAACUUGUAAUGCAGCGUUGGGAAUGGUGAGUGCUCUGUAAUGCACAGGCAAGCAUGAGAAAUAUCUGCGCUUCUUGCUGUUGCGUUUUUCGCAUGACAAACUGCGUUUUCGCAUGACAGGCAAAAGGGCCUCUUCUUGGACACGCAUCACAAACUUUUUGGUCAUGCCAGACAAGCAUGACAAAUCUCAAAAUCUUCCAGACCCAGACAUUUUUACAAUCCAUACAUCUUCAUGCUAGUGGGCGGCCUCGGCUACACCGUGUUCGCCUGCUGGCCGAUGGCCUUCGUCGCCAUCCCAAUGGUGUCCUUUGUCGCCAUCGGCAUGUCCAUGUACAUCCGGGUCGCGCGCUAUGAAAAUGCACAACCUUUUCCCCUCCCCCUCAUUUGUGUUGCAUGAGCAGCAAAAAUACAAGCGUCGGCGAGAAUGCGGGUUUUCCAUGACAAUUUCACCCAGGAUUGUAGUGUUGUUUGAUCUACCAGAUGAACCUGUCAUGCAAAAGUUGCCAAGAGGCAAACGGUGAAUUUGGUAUUUUGCAUGACAAAAGUAGAGAGGGAGGGGGAGUUGUGCACUCUCAUACGCGCGCGGGACUGUCCAAAACCGUUCCGAAUUACGAACAGGCGGGCGUGAUCGUGGAGGAGUCUCUCGCGAACAUCCGCACGGUGCAUGCGUGCAACGCGCAAGAGGAGACCGCGGCGCGCUACGCAGGUUUGCUUGACGACGCCCGCACCGAGCAAAAACGGAUCGGCGUCACGAAAGCCUUCGGCUUCGCGCUCAUUUUCUUUGGCUUCCAGGUGUCCUUCGCGCUGACCUUCGUGUUCGCCGGGCUCUACUUGCUGCACGCGGACGGC